AUGGGACGUAAAGUAAAGUUGACUGCGUUUGCCGUAUUACUUUUGACGCAGAUGUUUUAUUUCUGCGAAUGCUAUUUAAGGGCAGGUGACCAGGGUGUUUGCUGGGAAGUCUUGACGACCUACGAUUGGUCCGAUCCUUCCUAUUCUUCGAUCAAACUCGAAAAGGAUGAAAGAGGAUCCCACUACACUACUCUAGCAUGCUGCAAGAACUAUGAGUACGAUGCAGAAUUUAAUCGAUGUCUUCCAAUAUGCAGUACUCCUUGCAUAAAUGGGACCUGUAUUGACGUGGACACCUGUAUUUGUGAUACCCCACUGAUCCUGGUAGGUGGCAGCUGUAUUAUGCCCACUUGCACGAACUGUGAGCAUGGAGACUGUACCGCACCAAACGUUUGCGAAUGCCACCCUGGCUACAUAAAAUCUGAAGGCAUCUGCAAAAAAUUCUGCGACAACCCAUGCAUCAGUGGAGAGUGCGUAGGAUACAAUAAAUGUAAAUGCCAUGACGGUUUCAUGCUAGACCCCAUUGAUCCCCUUAAAUGCAUCCUUUGUGAUAAUAACCAUGAACUAAAAUGUACUGUCACCUGCCGUCAUGGUUACUGCUCACCACCUACUGCUUGUUCCUGUGUGCCUAGGAAGAAGAGCUCGAUAUUUAAUUUUUAA